AUGCUGGUGAAGAGCCUGGACGAGGAGAAACACUUGGAUGACUUGCAAGAAACCUUUGACACACUUAGGCAGUACAACAUAAAGUUGAACCCUAGCAAAUGCGCUUUCGGAGUUUCAUUAGGAAAGUUCCUCGAAUUCAUGGUUUCACAUAGAGGAAUUGAGGUAAAUUCUGAUAAGAUACAAGCGAUACUAGAUAUGAAGCCUUCACGAAGCAUUAAAGAAGUCCAGUCUCUUACUGGACGAAUUGCUGCCCUUAACAGUUCAGUAUUGAUCAAAGAAGAAGGAAGGGUGCAGAAGCCAGUCUACUAUACAAGCAGAGCACUCAGAGGAGUGAAAGGACGGUACCCACUGAUAGAAAAAUUGACCUUUGUACUAAUAACAGCUUCUAGGAAGUUGAGACAUUACUUCCAAGCUCAUGUCAUCAAUGUCAUGACGGACCAUCCGCUCAAGAAGGCAAUGAACAAGUUGGAAGUUACAGGACGACUAAUCCAAUGGGCUAUCAAGCUCAAUGAAUUUGACAUCAGGUCUGUGGAAGCAGAAUUGAUACUCGUCCUGGGAGACUUUCAGCUAGUCAUGGGCCAAGUAAAUGGGACAUGUGAAGUCAAGGAAGAACGAAUGAGGAAAUACCUUAAUAUGGUGGCACGCCUUGUAAAGAAGUUUAAGGAAGCUGAUUUCGUUCAAAUCCUAAGAGAAGAGAACAUGGAAGCAAAUAUUUUAGCGAAGGAAGUCUCAGCAAAUGAAGCCAUAGACGAGUUUGAUAAAAUUCAAUACAUGCCAAGCAUAGAUUUUCCAGAAGUACAGCAAAUAGAAGGCGAAGGAAAUUGGAUGACUCCAAUAGUAUCAUACUUGAAGGAUGGAAAGCUUCUAGAGGGGAAAGACGAGGCCAGAAAGCUCAGGGUCAGAUCAGCCAGGUACAUCCUCAUGGACGAGGUACUAUACAAAAGAGGUUUUUCACAACCUCAUCUGAGGUGUUUAGCCCCGGAUGACGCAAAUUAUGUAUUGAGGGAGGUUCAUGAAGGAGCAUGUGGCAACCACUCAGGAGCCAGUUCACUUGUCCACAAGGUCGUCCAUGCAGGAUACUACUGGCCAAUUAUCCAAGCUGAUGCCAAGGAAUAUGUCAAGGUCUGCGAUCAAUGUCAACGAUUCAGUAAUGUCAAUAGACAGUCCUCAGAGAAUCUUACCCCAAUGAUGGCCCCAUGGCCCUUUGCACAAUGGGGAUUAGAUAUCUUAGGUCCCUUUCCUCUUGGAACCAAACAAAUGAAAUUUUUUGUGGUGGGGAUAGACUAUUUCACCAAGUGGGUGGAAGUGGAACCCCUAGCAAAAAUCACACAAUAA